AUGGUGAGCAGUAUGGGUAACAUACAUUGGCUAUCAGAGCGUCACCGACGCACCAAAUCAAACCCGCCUCACGACGAAAGCAACAUCAUCAUCAUCAACAACAACAACAACAACAACAACAACCAUAGUCGAUGGAUGCUUUGUCCUGAGAAGCCGGAUAUUUUAGGGAUCCUGGCUUUUGACACGGCUAAAUCAAUGUCACGUAUAAUAUCUCUUUAUAAAUCGUUAUCAGACAAUGAAAUGUUCCAUCUCAGAAAAGAAGUCAUCCAAGGGCGAGGGAUCGCGUUCCUGACAUCCAACGACGAGGGCUUCCUUUUAACUCUAGCAUGUGCAGAGCGGCUGGAGGAUUUAGACAGAGCUGCUAACGCCGUGUCGCGGCUCGGGCAGAGGUGUUCCGAUUAUGGUUUAUUACGGUUUGUGCAGGUGUAUAAGGAUCUUAAGAACGGACAUCUUAAUAUACAUAAGCUCAAUAAUUACGGGUCUAAGGAAAUGGAGAAAUCUAUCGAGAAAAUGGAGAAGAUGACAUCAUUGACAAGUGAAUUAUACGUAGAGCUUGAAGAAUUGACACAUAUGGAGACCUCUGAAAGGAGAUUACAUGAUUGGAAGAAGAUUAAUAAUAAUAAUACAGACCAAACCGCAAACUACGAUCUCUUUGAUAAUAAGAUUUCCAAUCAAAGGAAGCUUGUUCGUCAUUUAAAAGAUGUUUCAUUAUGGAAUUAUUCUUAUGAUAAGGUUGUCGGAAUCAUGGCGAAAAUGGUUUGUGUUCUUUACGCACGGAUUUGUACCCUUUUCCGGCCUUAUAUUUCGAUAUUACAACAAAAUAAAACAAUUCACAAGAGGUUGUUUGUAAGUGAGCAAGUACCAAAAACAACAAUGUCGGGUCCGAUUCCAUGCUCGAAAAAAGUACCUCUAGUGAGAUUCUUAAGCAGGGAAAGCACUGUAUUCAUUAGGGAAGACGUAAAGUUACGUCUUGCAGUAAGGCAUUAUAGUAGUAACUUGGUAAACCACAGUAAUAAGGUGUUUCAGGCAGCCCCGGCGUCCACCGUAGGCGGUUCAGGGUUGGCGGCUAGGUACGCGAGCGUGAUAUUGUUGGCUGAAAGGUAUUUCUAUUCGGAAUCACUAAUAGGAGACCAAGCAAGACAAAGCAUGUACAAUAUGUUGUCAUAUAGGUUAAAGAUGUACGUGAGGUCAAAACUUAGGGUUGCAUGGAGGGAGAUUGAGAAUGAUAUGUGUGACGGUGAUGAAUUGGCAGAAGGGUGGAGGAAGGCGGUGGCUGAUAUGCUUGAUUGGCUUGUACCGGUGGCGCAUAACACGGUUUUGUGGCAAGGUGAGAGGAAUAUGGAGAAGCAAAGGUUUGAUUCUAAGCCAACUGUGCUUUUGUUACAAACUUUGCAUUAUGCUGAUUUAGAGAAAACCGAAACUACCCUUGCUGAGGUUUUGGUUGGGUUAAGUUGUAUAUAUUUGUAUGAGAAUCGUAGGAUUUCUUGUUUGGAUAUUUAUUGA